CGUUAUCUAGUGGUUAAUUUGUUGUUGAGAAAACGGAAAAAUAUAUCGUCGAUCAAAAUGUUUAAGUUCACGUUUUUAAUUCUAUCCUGCCUGAUCAUACACAACGUGCAGCCGCAGACCGGCAGAUCCUGCUAUACCCCGAACGGUCAGAUAGGCGUGUGUCAGGUGUUUCAGUACUGCUCGUCGCUGAUCAGACUGUACCAGUACAACCGGAACCAGGAGACGGUGAACUUCCUGCUCGCGUCCCAGCGCAGCUGCGGCAACCGCAACUACAAUGGCAGCCCCGUGCUCUGCUGCAGCGACGGCGUCUCGUACGAUCAAACUACAACCUCGUCUCCUUUUGUAGAGGUCACCACGGCCGCCCCGGCCGCUCCCCUGCGCACCGCCGACUGCAUCGGACCGGACAACCGCGAAGGAUAUUGCAUAAGUAUCCGUAGCUGCCCGGAUGUGCUGAAUGAGUUCGUUCGCCGCCAGACCGAUCCUGACUACGUGCAGUACAUCCGCAGGUCGAAUGGCAUCUGCAACUACGUCCAGCCGAACAUCUGCUGCCCGCUGAACGCGGCCCCACCGGCACCACCCACCGUCAUCCCACCGACGAGCGCACCACCGACGGCCCCACCGACGGCCCCACCAACCGCACCCCCACCGCCACCACCAGCCCCGGUCACCGAGGGACCACCGCCGGCGCCCUCUUCCGGCCCGGCCGAGCUGCUGACGCCGGAAACCGGUUGCGGGUUCAGCGCCGUGGAGCACAACCGGGUGGUCGGCGGCGUCCCGGCGGCCCUGAACGGAUGGCCCUGGAUGGCGCUGAUCGGCUACAAGAACACGCUCGGCGAGGUGUCGUUCAAGUGCGGCGGUUCGCUCAUCACCAAGCGUCACGUGCUGUCCGCCGCUCACUGUCUGCGCCGCGAUCUGUCCUCGGUUCGCCUGGGAGAGCACGAUACAACCACCGACGGAGAAACGAACCACAUCGAUGUGCCCGUGACUCGGUAUGAAGCGCAUCCCAUGUACGAUAAAAAGGACGGCCACACGGACUUGGCCGUGCUGUUCUUGGAGCAUGAGGUACAGUUCAAUGAGGCCAUCAAGCCCAUCUGCCUGCCGCUGAGCGACACGAUUCGCACCAAGAACUUCAUCGGCUACAUGCCGUUCGUGGCCGGCUGGGGCCGGACGCAGGAGGGCGGCAAAUCGGCCUCCGUGCUGCAGGAGCUGCAGAUCCCGAUCAUCGCCAACGACGAGUGCCGCACGCUGUACGACAAGAUCGGCAAGGUGUUCUCGCAGAAGCAGUUCGACAACGCGGUCAUGUGCGCCGGCGAACUGAUGGGCGGCAAGGACUCCUGCCAGGGUGACAGCGGUGGUCCGCUCAUGUUGCCGCAGCGUUUCGGCACGCAGUUCUACUACUACCAAGUCGGCAUCGUCUCGUACGGUAUCGGAUGUGCCCGCGCCGAGGUCCCCGGAGUGUACACUCGGGUCGCCAGCUUCGUCGACUGGAUUCAGCAGAAGGUGGCGGAACCGUUGUGAGCCGGAACGUAGCGUUGAACCCAAUCUCAGACUUUCGAGCAAUAAAGUGUAUUAUUAGUUUUUCAGUACAGUCUGUUCCCGAGUUACGCGGAUUAUGGGGACCAGAGAAAUCCGCGUAUCUCGAAUUUCCGCGUAUCUCGAAUAUUGCUUGACACAUAGUUUAUACUAGGAGUUAAGAGAUCGAGCUCUUGUGUACAUGCAUCAUAGAAUAUUCAAAAAUUUUCUUUGUUCAUUAAUAUGAAUGCAAUGCAAGCGUAUUCAAACAACAUAAAUUGCAGCAAACGAAAUAAAAAGCGUAAGUUAUGCAAAUGUGUAAUUUACAUAUUUAUUCGUGUGGUUGUACAUCUCAGGAAUUUAAAUCGAUGUAAUAAACCCAAUCUACUGUCAAACUUUGAAAACCGCGUAUCUCCGAAUCCGCGUAAGUCGAGAACCGCGUAACUCGAGAACAGACUGUACAAACAAACA